AUGGCAAAUAUAGUCCAACCUCUCUCCGUUCCGUCCACUUACAAGGACCAACAAUAUCAAGGAACUUCGACCGACUUGGCAAAAGAUCUCUCAAACAGUAGUACUCUUUAUGUAGGCAAUUUGUCCUUCUACACAACGGAAGAGCAAAUAUAUGAAUUAUUCUCUAAAUGUGGAGAAAUAAAACGUAUUAUAAUGGGAUUAGACAAGUUCCAAAAGACACCUUGCGGUUUUUGUUUCGUCGAAUAUUAUAGGCAUCAAGAUGCAUUAGAUUGCAUGAAAUAUAUAAACAGCACAAAACUAGAUGAACGUAUCAUUAGAACGGAUUUAGAUCCAGGCUAUAGGGACGGACGCCAAUACGGGAGAGGGCGCUCUGGUGGUCAGGUGCGUGAUGAAUAUCGUCAAGAUUUCGACUCUGGUCGUGGGGGAUGGGGUCAUCUGCGCGCUAAGCAAGAAGCCGAGCGUGCUAGGAGACAGAAAGCUGAAUAUGAAGCUAUAACUACCAUCCCCGUCGGUGCCGGCGAAUACAAGGGAAAACUGUCAUCUCAGAAGAAGAGAGAUAGGACAGAAGGUGAAGAUCGAGAAUCUCAAGGACGUGAGAAGAAUCCGCGAUUCAGGGAAGGUCGCUCGGAUGAUGAGGAUGAGAUGCAGACAGACAUCUAG